AUGAUCUACGGCGCUGGAUCCCACUUCCACAAAUCAGAUUGGUACUCAGUCCUCAAAGGCCGCCGCACAUUCGACCCCUUCGCCGAACAAGACCCUCACGUCCACGCCGCACAAAAGAAACUAGUCAUCCGUCCUUACGCCAUGGAAACACUCAAAGACCUCGAACCCUACGUCGACUCCACAAUCUACCACUUCAUAACCCGCAUGCGCGAGAAGAUGCAUUCGCAAAUCGAUCUCGGCAAGUGGUUCCAACUCUUGCUUUUUGAUGUCAUUGGCGAAAUCACNUUUUCCAAACGCUUUGGCUUUAUGGAUACGGAACAUGAUGAUGGCAGUCUGAAAUCUGUGGAAAGCACUUUGGCUUCUGCGGCUUGGUUGGGUCAUGUGCCUUGGCUAUUCUGGAUCCACGAUUACCUCAAACCGUAUAUUGGGAAUUGGUUGGGAGUUACCAACCGUACUGGAAGUCUGAUGCAACGCGCACUCAAAGAAGUAGAAGAGAGAAAAGUGCGCGGCACAGACCGCAACGAUAUACUCGAAAAGUUUUUUAGGCUGCAGAGGGAGAAACCCGAUCAAGUCACCGAUGUUGCGGUGAUUAGUAUGGCUGCUGCUAAUAUUACCGCCGGCUCGGAUACUACUGCCAUCUCAUUGCGCAGCAUCAUCUACCACUUACUCCAAAACCCACAACAUCUAGUUACCUUGCGUCAAGAAAUGAAAACAGCGGAAAAGGAACACAGGUUGAGUGAUCCAGUUACCAUGGAGCAAGCAGACCGCAUGCCCUUCCUCCAAGCCACCAUCCUCGAAGGCUUGCGCAUCCACUCUGCCAUUGGCGGUUUACUCCCUCGUAUUGUUCCUUCCUCUGGCACCAUGAUCGCUGGCCACUACAUCCCCGCCGGCCAUGUCGUGGGCGCCUGUGCCUGGGUCAUCAACCGCAACACCACCAUCUUCGGCGCCGACGCCCACACCUUCAACCCCCACCGCUGGCUCCGCGGCAACAAUAAGGCCGAAAUGCAAAGAUAUUUCUUGACGUUUGGNGGUGCGAGUCGCAUGUGUUUCGGAAAGAAUAUCGCGUUUAUGGAGAUGACUAAGAUGGUGCCUACCUUCUUGAGGCAUUUUGAUGUCGAGUUGACGUAUCCUGAGCGCCCUUUGACGGAAAAGAAUUAG